CUUGAAGAUUCCUUCUCCAGCAGCACUCGGCAGCAGACAAAUCCAGACGGCCCAAGACAAUUCCCUUCGAGCAGGCAGAAGCAUAGCCAAACCAUACAAACACUUCUCCGCUCAGCAUACCAGCCAGCCCUUCCCACCCCAAAGCUCAACAAUGAAGUCUUUCACGGCCGUCUCUGUCCUCGCCACCGCGCUCGCGGCCCUCGCGCCCGGCGCCUCGGCCGCCAGCUGCUACGGCUCGGCAACCUGGGGCUCGGUGCAGGAGUACCAAACUACGGCAUCGGCCAUCUGCCGGGGCAGCGAGUCCUACACCGGGCAGAGCGACUGCCAGCGGGGACCGGUCGGCGGUCAGUGCUGCACCCAACACGAGGCCUGGUUCAAGGGCACUCGCGGUCGUCGCGACUACUGCUGGGACGCAUUCAACAACAUCAUCGCCCAGUGCAUCCAGAAAGAGGGCCGCAACGGCGGCGAGUGGACCUGGUCUUCUGGAGGUCUCACUCAGAACUACUACCUCCAGUCCAACCGCGUCUGCCGGAGCAAGCGUGAGCUCCAGCACAAUGCCAUCAAUGGUGUCAUCUCUGAGGGCGCCUUUAACGCCACUUCGGAUGCCACGAGCGUCGAGACCGAGGAGUCAAAAUAGAUUACCACAUGGUCUUAACUAUGCGGCGAAGGAAGGAAAGCUUGUUUCAAAGAUUAAUCUAUAAUCAAGACCUGACACCGGCGUUGGAUGAGGGUACCUCGAAUAGGAGUGGUGGGACCACUCACUUCAUUCACUGACUUCAUGUUGGUUCCAUAUACCUAUAAUUGUGGUCUAAUUUUAAUAAACUCCAAUGACACCAGAAUAUCUAGUACCAUUUGCUACAAUUAACAAUCUAUUCAAG